GGGCAGUUCUUAAAAUACUAACAAGGACUACUCACGCGUUUGUCGAGUAAGAUUGCUUCAUCUUAGCUUUUUAUCUCCUAGGCUAUCUCAACACCAUACAACACCUUUAUUAACAUCAUGAAGCUCUCGCUUGCAUUUUCGCUAUGGCUUGUUGCGGUUCUCGGUCAACAAUUUCCUGAAUGUACCCGCGAUGUUGCGGCGACUGAUGAUUGCGCCGAUGUGAUUGACGCCAAUGCGUGUUACAACCAGUUCAGAUUCCAAAACAACCAGACCCUCUCAUGCAUUAAUGGAAAAGACAACAAUGAAAGGGCCCUGAAGGCAUGCAAGUGUUGUAGCUGCGUUGGGAAGGUAAUGUGCGAUUGGGUUACCAAACAACGAUUCCAAUGCUAGGAUAUAUAUGAACCUCAAUAAAAGUCAAGAUGAAUAGGGGCUGAGGAUGCGAGGCGAGGAGUGUUGAAAAGGGGUUUGAUUAUGUAAUUAUAUCGAGGAGAAUGCUGACGUAAUUUGGAAGUACAAAUCUAGCCCUACCCCUAACCCCAACCCCUUUUCUGAGAGUGAGACAUUGAAUGACCUCGUUUGCUUAGGGUUAGAAUAAAUAAUUCAAUUUUUUGGGAAAACCUGUGGUACGGUACCUACCCUAAGGUUAUACUCAAGUUACCAAUUAUAUUUUAUUAGGUGUUUAUUCGCACAGAGCGAUGUUCACUAAAGAGGACGUUCGUCUUGUGUUCUAUCUU